AUGGAGCCUGGCCACAGCCAGGGCAGGCUGCGCGUGCAACUUGUUUAUGUCAACAGCUUUGGCUCCCACCGCUGCGGCUCCAUCAUCCGCUAUGGUGGGGGCUGUCAACAGGCCGAGGCGGGCCGGGCUGGGCCCCCGCUUUCCCAGUCAAGUGAUCUUCGAGAGGAUAAGGCUGACGUCUUUGACUUUCCCUUCCCUUCAAGAAAUGUUGAUAAAGUAAUUAAACGAAAGAAGCAAAAGUCCAAAGUUUGGCUUAAGGUCUGGAAAGUAAUUUCAAAAAUGCUUGAAGAAAAUGAAAAGUUCCGAAGUCGACUCUUGACUUGCAGUCAGUUUAAUGGAGAAGGCAAUGAUAUGAACCAAAGUUCACAGAAUGAGGCAUCCUACUUGGACAGGGAGGAGUCCAUCUUUGGCUGGGUAUAG